GUCAUUGCUAUGGGGUGGGGGUGUCUGGUCUGGUCUAGGUGGGUGCUACAUGUCUAAGUAAUAAAUGAACUGAAUGAAUACCAGGUCAGAAAGUUUCACAGCAGAACACUGACUUUUUUCAAGAUUGUCAUAGUGUUACUUGCCUCCUGUCAGUUCGACUUCACCUAAAAAAUUGUCGAAUCAUGCUGAAAUGUGCCCACCAAUGUUUGGCCCCUACGCUUUGAAAGAGAGGCAAACAAAAAAAAAAGAAAAAAAAAAGAAAAAAAAAGGCGAUCAGCGAAUGAGAGUCAACCAGAGAGGGUGAGAGAUACUGAGAGAGAGUAGAGAGAGGAAGAGAGAGAGCGCGCCACGCAGAGCAUUCAAACUGAACGACAGCCGACGACAAAGGACUAGGGGGGUGCUCCUGGAAGAAAGGAAUAUAAGUGAAAGGAGAAACUCGAGGAGAGCCGAUGGUCCAGCUUUAAGAAAUCUGAACGACAGAGAGAAGAGAAAGAAGAAAGAGAAAAAAAAAGCUAAUUCAUCACCACCAUGAAGCUGUGGAGUCGAAUCUGUUUCCUCGUGCUGGUUUUAUUGUCCUUUACGGUGACGCCUCCAUCGUUCUCUCCUCCUGCCUCAGUUUUAGCCCUUCCCUUGGUUUCCAGGGGAGAGCAGAAUAACAGCACCACUCCUACUCCAGGGGACGCCACAGAACCACCCCAAGGUUCCAGUGACAACGACACCAUUACUGAACCCCUGUUCACGCCUACCGUUGAAACUGGUGUCGCCACGGCAACAGCUCCAUCCACUGAGAAUGGCCCGUCAAAUGACACGACUCUUUUAGACGAAACAGAUGACACCAACGAACCCAACAAGACCGUCACCACCAUAGAAAAUAAGCACCAGCACACCACCAGUAGCGUCACCACAGUGUCCAUGGUAGACAGCACGACAGCAGCCCCCUCAACUGACUUACCAGGGGAAGGACAAAAUGUCUGGGGUUAUGUGGUCAUGGCGCUCAUCAUCGUGGUGAUGAUUAUUCUGCUUGUCUUCCUCUACAUACUCAGGAGAGCAGCCAGAACGUACUCAUUUGACCUCCAGCGUCCGCCGUCUGCUAACCAUUUCAACGAGCCCUCUGGCACAUUUGAACAAGUCUAUGUGGAUGACUUAGAACAACCAGUGCCUAUGUACACCAUCGACGACCUUUCCACUCCUCCAGUAGCCAACGGCACGAGUCUCCAGCCAGAGGAAAAGACCUCCGUUGAAGAGAGCGCUGCCCAGGAACAGCCAGAUGCAAACGGUGUUGAAAGUUCACCUCCUAACACCAGCCCCUCAUUGGGUGACGAGCAAGCUGACAAGACAUCCGACCCAUCGAGCAGCACCGACUUGUUCCUCGACUGUAUUGGGGAGCAGCAGAAUGAAAACAACAACAACCCAUCGGUUUGCUCCACUGACCCAUUUGUUGAAAUAAACCUGGACGAGCCAGAGUGGUGUGAUCAGCUUAUCGCCUCCACUGAUGCUCCUUCCUCCACCCUCCCCUUGUCUUCUUUCUCCUUCUCCUCAUCUUCUUCCUCUUAACUUGUUAAAAUGAUGAACAUUUACAUGAAGUCAUACUACUCGUCUUGGACACCCCAGGACGGGAGCUGGAAAGCUAAACAUUUGUGAAUGAACAGUGUAUGAAUCUGUACCAGCCAGCUGUAAACAGAGUUAGCUUGAACCGUUUUGUUGCCGCGUGUUUGUACAUGUUUUUGACAUUAGACUUAACUGUCUGAUUAGUUUUGUUUUCUCAUGGUCACCAAAAACAAUAUUUAAUCCACGCCAAGUGUUAGCUAACCAUCAGGGAUAACAACAGCAACUCUCAAAAUGAAUGAAAAGACAUGUCGUCAGCUGUUUCUCAAACUUUAAAUGUUAUGUUAAAAUAUGUUAUCAAGCUGUUAUACAUGUGUCACAAUAUUGUAAAUACCCUUUCUAUAAUUUUUACUAAUGUCAAAAUUAUGUGAAAUGAUAAUAAUUAGGCUAUUUGGCGUUAUUUGCAAUUUUCUUGUGAAUUUAUUAUUUUGUAAAAAAAAAAAAAUAAUAAUGGAAGACAAAUGAAUAAAAACUAUUUUCAUGUA